CCCUAGACCGCAUACACAUCCUCAGCGAAAGUAGACGUUCAAUUUCAGUUUCCAAAUCCCAACGUCAAGGCCAUAGCACCCGGGACCAUAUAAAUACUCCCAGCUCAUACCGAGCAAUAUAACAACACCAACAGGAAUUUGUUCUUCAACAGCAUUUUGUUAAUUUAUUCUUCAACAUUCUUUAGCAUUUGUUCUUCAACAUUGAGGGCCAUGAAUACAGACUGGAUGCCCACCCUGUGGUCAGAGUGUUUUGAGGAGAUGUUGGAUGAGGAGCUGGGCAGCAGUGACCAGUGGGCCUUCCACUUCAACUACAGCCUGACAGAAACACUCACCAAGGAGGAGAGGAGGAGAAGAUGGCGAGUGUACAGCCACUGUUCCUACGGACAGUUCCAGUGUAGUGAGUGUUCUAAGACAUGGCCUUCGGCACGGGUGGUGGUAGUGUUCCGUUAUCGGCUGUGGGAUGAGACAGGCCGGGGGACCGUCCUGAUGCGGCCUUUCGGUCAGGCAUGCAGACGCUGCCGGGAAGAGUUUGAACUUCCAGGCUUUUCAAAGAAUGAGGUGGAAGAGGCACUGCUCCGGCUGUUUGCAAAGAUUAGGAAGAACUGCUACGGAGAGGAGGAGGAAGAGGAGGAGGAAGAGGAGGAGGAAGGGUCAGAAGGAUCAGAGAAGGUGUGGAAGAGGCCCCAUGAGAAAGCCCUAUGUGAAGCCUGCAGACUGGGCAUCUGCUGUCAAGAAAAGUAGAGGGGAGGGGGGGGG